UAUAUCUUACAAACAUAUUAGGUACUACAUGUUCUGAUUUUGUGAUAUGUAUUUAUCAAAUUCUGAGUACAUAGUAGUUAUUUUGAACUGCAAGAUUGUUUGUUUACCAUAUAGCGACCCCCAUAGAAUGAAUGGUAUAAACCAAUUUUCCGGAAAUUCGUUGGACAUACAUAGUGUGAAACUAAGUAGACAUUUUGGUUUUUUGCGCGACUUUGACUGAAGGGCCGCCAAUUUAGAUUCCAAAAUGGCGUUUCAAUGGUCACAGUUUCCCAACGUAGUGGUUGCUAAGAGGCGUGGACAGAGAUACCUUUGAGGAGAUGGAAAACGUCAUUGGAAUCGUAUAACGUUCAUUGUGUACGUUGCCCAUGUUUCGACUAUGGGCCGCGCGGUGCAUUCCUGGGAUUCUGGGACAAACAGUGAAUGGGAGUCGACUGGGCGCUAGCUCAAAAACAACAUUAGCAUGAAUUUAGUGAACAAUAAGUAUUUUCCGAUAUGUGAGGAUUAAACUUGUUCUCUGAAAUAUCGUAAAGCUUUGGAAUCGUGACAUUACGUACUUUUCAGGAACAUAGGCAGGUUUCUCAAAUCACCCUGAUUUUGUGAAGGGAUUAUGAGAAGAUUAGUUUGCAACCACGUGAUGCCGCAUUACAAGUGAACGCGGUCGUUUGACAGUCUGCUGUUGGGGCGUUAUGCCGCGUUCAAGACAACUGGGAACUCUAUAUCCGACUGAUUUAAACGCUUUCAAAGCAACUGGGAACACGAGGGAAAAAUCAAGCUUAGACUGGGAAAAUUGAUCUGAACAGCCAUCGAACUCGGAAUUCCAACUCUGACUUUCCGACCUUAAGAUUACUGACUUCAUGAUUGGAGGUGGCAGGUAGCCUUGUGGUUAGAGCCUUUGGACCAGUAACCGAAAGGUUGCUAGAUCGAAUCCCCGAGCUGACAAUGAAAAAAUCUGUCAUUCUGCCCCUGUACAGGGCAGUUAACCCACUGUUCCUAGGCCGUUGUAAAUAAGAAUUUGUUCUUAGCUGACUUGCCUAUUUAAAUCAACAAACAAUUCGAUCGCGUAUUUUUCUGAGUUCCCAUGUGUCUUGAAGGCUGCAUUAUACCACAGAACAAUGAGACAGAUAUUAAACCGGGUGUAUAAAAUUCUCUAACGAAAAUAUGCAAAUAUAUGCUACCUCCUCGCUUGUUCUUCCCGCCAUGAUUCAUUUUCUCCCAUUGGAAACGACAGGCUCUGGUCUAUCUUGGGUUAGUGAUACGUUCCUACAUUCAUUGCCCAACAUGAUUCCUAUCUCCUCCUUUCUCUAAUAUCUCUGGGGUGGAUCGCUGUUACCGUAUAAAUAAAACGGAUAGACAGGUCUGCUUGCAAAAGAGGGUCCUUCCCGACUCAACUCUGGGUGGGGUGACGAUUCUAUUAAUUUAUAUUCUGUAUCAAAGAAGCACAACAAGGUCUGUGAGGAUGAUGUGAUGGGACAACCGACUGGCAGGUGAAAACCGUAAAUGUACGGGCUGAUUUAACUACAGCUAAUUUAUAAACAUAUAACAGGGAAGAUACUUUUUAGGUAUAUUAGUGGUUUGCCGAAGGCUACUUGUAUGUAUUUGUUUUAACCAGCUAAUCUAACGUAAUGGCGACCGAGUGCACCCAAGAAGCGGUCGUACAAUUUCUGACUGAGCGAGGAGGGAGAGUGAAAAAACAGGAAUUCAUUGACUAUUUCAAAGCUGUUUUCCCGGAAGACCCUGACCAGAAAGCAAUUGUUCGGGAGAAAUUCAAGGGAUACGUGGACAACGUCGCAUUUGUAAAGUUGGAGAAUGGAGUGAAAUGUGUGUGUUUAAAAAACAAGUAUCGAGUGGAAAAAGACAGCGAAACAGGCACCUUUUUGGAACAAGAUAGCAGCACCCCUGUCCUAUCAAAAUCAUAUAAGAACUUGAUAGACGAUUGUACACCACAACUGCAUCUGUCAGCAUCUUCUGCUGGGGGUGUGCGCUCUUGUGAAACCACUGCAAACGAGGAGGCACAACAAGAAAUUUCACCUGGCUCGGGUUACGGAACUGACAAUGCCGCAGGAGUGAGACCGCCUGACAUUUCAGGAAUUAUAUUGGAAGGUAACAUUAUAGAAAGAGCUGCGUCAACAAGGUCUGUAGUUCAGAACAAUAGUUUACCAGACAUUAUGGGAAAUGCGUUAGGCCUUGGUGGCAAUGGAGAGCAGAAAUUGACCAAGGAGGACCUUCAGACAUUGCAACCGCAUGACAUACCGCAAAUUGCAGUGAUUGAGACGUCACCUUUACCUACAGCCGCGGAUGGCUCUAUGUUCCACUUACCCGGACGUCAAUUCCCAACUAAUGCACAGGACAGCCUGCUGUCCAGUCACCCUUCAUCAGAGGACGGGGCAGACGAAGGCCAUAAUUAUGAUUCGCUACUGAGCAAAUCGGGGAGUGACAGCAACACACCUAAAAGUAGCCAUAACAACUUUAUUGAGCUCAUGAUGAACAGCUCCCCCCAGGUGCGACGCAGCAUGGUGUUGAGGAACUCCGUCUACCUGUCUACAAAGUACAGGGACUGUGCCCGGAGCGACAGUGACUCUGUCUCUGUGGUUUCUUCUACUACAGACGAAGACAGAGCUUCAGUCACUCUGGACCCGUUGGAACACGAAUGGAUGAUGUGUGCAUCCGACGGCCAAUGGGAGAGUCUCCACCGCCUCCUUUCCUGUGAACCGAACCUUGCCAUGAAGAAAGAUUUUGUGACUGGGUUCACCUGCCUGCACUGGGCUGCCAAGCAAGGCAAACAAGAACUGCUGGCACUUAUCGUGAACUUUGCCAAAAAACACACAGUACCCAUCAACAUCAAUGCCCGGUCAAGUGCCGGCUACACACCACUACAUCUAGCAGCAAUGCACAACCAUGUUGAAGUGGUGAAGUUACUGGUAGGAGCCUAUGACGCAGACGUAGAGGCCAGAGAUUAUAAUGGGAAAAGGGCGUGUCAGUAUCUUACGAACAGUGUGGCCGUUGAUAUCCGUGACAUCAUCGGGGCGGGUGGUGGUGCCGACUCGGACUCAGAGAACACAGACGAUGGGGGGCAUUGGCGGUUGUCUAAAGUUCUCCAGUCUAAUCUGAUGCCCCUCAAACUGCACAAUCACAGUGAGGAGGACACAGGUGAUGGAGCAGGGCAGGCCAGACAGAAACCCUUGCGAAGGAAAUCAUCCCUUAGCAAGAUGAGACCCAAACUUCAGAAGAUCCGCUUCAGAUCUUCGCAGAUAGUUCACAGCACUUCGUUCCCAGCACACUGUGAGACAGAGGAGCUUAACGGGUCCAGGAAAAGCUCAUUUAAAUCCAGACCCAUGUCAAAUCUGUUUGGCUGAAGAAUAGCCUCUAAGUACACCCGACAAAGAGCAAAUCAACUACUACAGUGCAGAAUGACUGACACAAUGCGGUAUAGUCUGAUGUUACAAGUGUUUGUUUUUUGUGGCAUAGGCCAAGUCUGUUGUUACACAUACUUAAGGGUUUUUACCCCAGGCAUUAUAUGAAUAUGCUGAACUAACAGAGUAUGGUAUUACAUGAUCUAUUGAGUAACUGGCCAGAUUGCUACCCCUGGUUAAGGCUAAAUAUUUCUGUCUUAAUCCUAUUAUCAUGCCGAAGUAGCCAAGGAGGUUUUACAGUUUGUCUGCUUUAACCCUUAACGUACAUGUAAAGCUGGCUGCAACCAACUGGGCAAAGAUGUCAGUUCAACGUCUAGUUUUGAUUUACAUUUAGUUUUUAACUCUUGCGAAUUCAAUGUGAAAUCAACAAAAAAUGUCAUUGGAUUUGGGUUAGAAUUUGGGUGAUUUAAAAAAAUAUUUAUUUUUAAAUAUGAAAUUAUCUUCCAUUGAAGAUCAGAACCAAAAAUACUUUUUUUUUUCAUAUCCAAUCAGUUUCCCAUGUUGAUUUGACGUUUUCAUAUGACAUUUUUUGGAGUUGAAAUGGCAUGGAAACAAGGUUGACUCAACCUGUUUUUGCCAAGUGGGAAGUGUUGAAACUUCCAAGUAAUUUGACCACAUGGUAGAAACAAUGUAAUUGAUUUCACAAUGCUUGGGAGCAAGUCUAUCUUAUUACUGUCAGACUGUUAGUGAUGCUAUGAAUUUAUUCUCCCUUUCCAUUUAAGUUGCUUUAAGCUCUUUGAAACCGUUAUUGAUCCUGCGGUGGAUGCCAUUCAGUCCAGCUGAAAGACUUGAGAUGGGAAUUUACUUCCUCUUUGUUUUCAAGUGGAGGAUUGGAGGCCAAUGAAAAGGCCUCUGGUCCUUUAAGUCUGUAAUCGGGAUCAGUAGAGGAGCCUUCUGUGUCACAAGGUACGCUUUUUGUUGAGCGUAUGGUAGGCCUGCUUGUGUGUAGUGCUAUGAUGAAAGAUCAGGUUUCAUAACUAUUCACAGUCCACCUUGAAUUACGCUAUGCAGUUACACUCACUUUAUGACCCUCUGAUCAUAGCUCCUUAUUUUGAGUUGUCUAAGGCUGCAGUUGUCUGGUGUUAAGUUGUAUGCUACCCUCUGAUCUGUUAUGCACCAGUGGUUUUCUAUCAACAAGCUCCAGCUUGCUGACCCAGGAGAGCCUCUACACACAAUAAUAAGAAUGUGAAAACAUGUUUUUAGAAAUGUUUGCAAAUAUAUUGAACAUUUAAAUGCAUAAAUAUCUCAAUGACAAAAGUAUUCACACCCCUGGGUCAAUACUUUGUAGAAGAAACGUUGGAUGCGUUUACAGCUGUGAGUCUUUCUGGAGAGCUUUCCAACUUGUGCCCAUUUAUUAUUUUCUAAAUUAUUCAAGCUCUGUUCAAAUUGGUUGUUGAUCAUUGCUAGACAACCAUUUUCAGGUCUUGCCAUAGUUUUUCAAGUAGAUUUAAGUCAACACUGUAACUCGGCCACU